AUGACGAGGAAGGGGGUGUCAAAGGAAGACCUCGUUGAAGCCCCUAAGGUGCACUGGCAGCGCAUCCGAAGCCGGCAGGCUUGGCGCGCACAGGAGGAGGCGCUAAAGGAAUACGGGGUGGACACCUUUGGAGCCCUGUCGGUCAUGGCGAGACUGUUGUGGAAGAACUUGACGCCCUGGUUACAAGAGGACGUGCGCAAGGCGCUCGAACGGCCCGACCUAGACGUUUUCAGACGAAAGCCGUUCGUGGGGCUACACGUCCGAAGGGGGGACAAAGUUUCGCAGGGCGAGGCGCAAAAAGUGGAGACCAAGGAGUACCUGUCUGCGGCCGCGAGAUUCUUCGACAAUGAAGCGUCUCAAGACAAGCAAGACAUGAAAGCCAUUUGGGUGGCGUCUGACGACCACAAUGUCGUAGAAGAGGUCCGCUCCAUCGCUCGACAAUACUUCCCUAACGUCUUGGACGAGGACAUCGUGUGGGUAUCUGGUGGGGCUCGUGGGGGCGCGGUGACUACGCACACAAAGUCUGAGGGCUACCAAGGGUUUGUGAUGGUGUUCGCCGACCUGAAGAUGUUGGCGGCCGGCAGCGUGUUUGUUGGCACGUACACGUCGAACGUGUCGAGGCUUGUAGCGCUGCUGAGGGAAGGCAUCCACGGACACGCCAGAGACUCGUGCAUCAGCCUCGACAAGACUGAGUUCGGGCUGCAGUAUUGAGCAGCAGCAAACAAACGCGCUACCCUGAACACUUUCUUGGAAGAACUCUUCCUGUCGGAGAUAUUUUGAGAGCUUGGCGGUGGCAGAGGAGCGAGCGCGGAGGGCUGGCGCUCUUCGUCACUCCCUCUGCGUAGGAAUCUCGGUGGAAAUUUCAGCUUCCGCGUCUCAAUACAGAACGAGCCGUCCUCAAGACGUAACUGAUCCAAACGCGCAAUGGCCUUCCGUGGGGACUAUUCGGCUUUCCUCAAAGGGAACCGCGAUGUGUUUUGCAAUGUUACCAGACGCGAUAGGCAUCGGUAUGGGGGGCGAGCAGCAGGGGAAGCAUCGUGCUUUCGCACGGCAUCGCCAACCACGUCUCGUUGUGCAACAGCGCUGCGGUUCCUUGGUAAGAUUCGGAACUGGUGAAGGGUCGACAUGGCGGCGACACACGCCUCGUGCGUACGCUACUGGUAGCAUUUGACAGUUUCGGCCUCUGCGAUUGGUAAUGAGUGAUGCGAUGCGCGUCGAGAUUGGUUGCUACGUAGCUACCCAUAGCAGUAGGAGACGGGUUCUUAGUUAUAGAAGAUUGUUGGUUUAUCUACGCGUGCGAGUACUUUCCAAAGGUUGGGGCUUGUGGCACAAGCUGGCCUACCGAGGUGCACGUGUAGUAUUUUUUGUAGAUAUUGGCUUGUGGUCCUUUCUGUCCGUGCCUUGGUUUUUUGUCAUGUGGUGUCCUUCCCGACGAUGUUGGAGGUUAGUCAAAUGCAAGCGACAGGGUGGCUUUGGCCGUGGUUUUCGCUGGAAGUAUAUGGGACGUUGUAAGAGAUGUUGGCAGGGUGAACCGACGGCUGUGACAACUAUCGCCCAACGGCUCGGUUGCCAAGUUUCUUGUAGAGAGUGUUUCAAUUGUGUUCAACGGUCGAUGUUGCUGC